GAUUCCACGAAUCGAGCAGACCGGUCCGCUUUAUCUAUGACAGUAAUUAUUGUAAUAGCAGAUUUAACAAUUGCUGUAUAAUUUAUAAAUGAAAUGACCGAUGUAUCGAAGGAGAACGGUACUGAGAUGCAGACUGAGUCGGAGGAGUGUGUGUAUGUAACAGCGAGGCAGAAGUUGGAGAACCUGUUGAAUAAGAGUAUGAAGAUUCGGAUGACGGAUGGCCGCACCCUGCUCGGUCUGUUUCUCUGUACUGACCGGGACUGUAACGUCAUUCUGGGUUCUGCUCAGGAGUUCCUCCGAUCAACAGACUCGUUCUCUCAGGCAGAACCGCGGGUUUUGGGUUUGGCGAUGAUUCCGGGUCAUCAUGUGGUUUCUAUAGAAGUGGAGGCAGAAAGUUUACAGAGCCAUGGACUCUGAGCAGUGCAUCGUGGGAAAUGUAGUUUUAUCAUCACUGUGCUCAUGCUGUGUGUGUGUGUGUGUUUAUUUUGGUGCUCGUGUCAAUAAAAAGUCUUUUUUUUAAUUUGA